AUGAUGCAGCAUUUAGACAUGGCUCUAUUGUCGGCAUUUGUGGAGAGGUGGCAGCCGGACACAAACACCUUCCACAUGCCGUUUGGAGAGAUUUCGAUCCUUCUACAUGAUGUGCAUCACAUUCUUCGGAUUCCGGUUGACGGAGAGCUGAUGGGAGAUGAGGCGUCGCAGGAUACUCUUAAGUCAGACAUGGGUGGUCUAGUUCGACUUUCGGUGGAUGCUCAGGUUGGUGGUAAGUGGAAGUCUAAAGGGUACGAUAAUGGUGCUAUGCAUGCAGAGGGAUUGUUGGUGCGUGGGGGAGAGCUGAAGAUUAAGGAGAUGGAGGUGCAGUGUUACCUAUUUGUGUUACUGGGAUCCACGCUUUUUGUGGAUAAGAGUCGUGAUCGCCUUCGUCCUGCGAUCAACUUGUUUCUGAAGGAUCAUCGACGAUUGACUGAUUACGCUUGGAGAGCUGGUUCACUAGCCUAUCUCUACAGACAGUUGGGAGUGGCCACACGAGCGGGUAGUAAGGGUCUUUGUGGUUGUUUGACCCUGUUUCAGGCUUGGAUAUAUGAGUACUUUCCUCUAUUCCGUCCGAGCCAGCUGCCGCAGUCUCCGGAUGCACCUCGUGAUUCCUCGUGGAUUUCUCCCCGUUUGCCAGGUGGGGAUGAGGCUAGACAGAGGUUAGUACGUUAUCGACAGUUGUUGGAUGAGCUUUCAGCUGAUGAUGUGACCUGGACUCCGUACGGACGAGAUGGCCACACAGAUAUACCCCGCUCCUUGUAUACUAGCCCCAUUCGCUUUUCUGACAUUGCUGAGGGAUACGAUCCUGCACGUUGUCUGCGCCAGUUUGGAUACCGACAGAUUAUCCCCCGUGCUAUGACAGUACCACAUGACUAG